AUGGCGAUCACAGGGCCCCAGAGAUGCGUCCCCCACGGCAUUCCUCUGCUCCCUGCUCUGCCGGCCAGAAGUGUUCCCCACCUCCCUCUGUCCCCGCCUUGCAGUUACCUUCUCUAUCUGUCGAGGUUCUUCUCUGUUCUAGAGAUUGAAGCAAACCAGGGAGCACUUAAGCCAUCUCCAGCUCUACAAUGUGCUCCCUACUCUUGUAUUCCAUCAGAUCGUCCAACUGAAGAAGGCUCAUUAAAAUGUCAGCAGAACAAAAAUGUGGCCCAAGAAGAAACAGUACAAGCUUCAACAUCAGAUUGUGGUGCCCCUGAACCACCACGAAGCCAAGGACUUAUCUCACAUUCAAUUAAGCAGGACAUUUCUGUGGAAGUCUUAGAGUUAAAUGACAGUUGUGAGAAAAAUGCAGAUAGAUUUAUGAAAUGGGAGACAAAGUUAUAUCCACUGGUUGGGGAACCACUUCAAAAACAUGGAAGUUUGGACUUGAACACCAUUUUGGCUGGGACACAUCCCAACUCUGGACCAACAAAUGCAAUGGAAAGACAGCUCAAUACAAAGGUGCCAUUAACACGGACCAAAUCAACUCCCUUUGAAUUGCCACCAGAGAGGCAAUCAAAGGGGUGUGAAAUCAAUGCUGCAUUUCCUUGUUUGGAUGCCCAUCAAGGCCAUUCCUACUCUUCUAAACUCUUACAGGCUCAAAAGACAAAAAGUAUUUCUUCUGUGGAACUGAAUCGUUUACUAAGUGGCCCAAAGUCCCCUGUAUAUAUUCCUUCUCAUCCAAAGGCUCAUGUGUCCAGUACGUACAGGGCACAUCCUUUUACUUUCUUGGCAGAAGAUCCUUACUUUUCACAACUGUCUCCAAGUAGUAUAGGUGCCCCAAUGCGUGUUGAUUUCUCGAAGAAGCCAGAUGAAACUGUCUUUUCUUCCUCUUCGUCAUCUACAGCCACUACAACUCCAAUUUCUGAUGACUCUCCAGAGUCAGAUGAUGAAAUCCCUCCUCCUUUGCCUGAACGAACCCCUGAGUCCUUUAUUGUGGCUGAGGAAUCUGGAAACUUUUCAGAGACAACUUCCAAACCACAGACUUCACCUGUGAGGCUGAAAAUUGGGACCUCAUUGGAAUGGAGUGGAGUUUCUGAAACAGAGAGAGAUGAUGACUCAUUUCAACUGAGACCAAGUAAGAGUGUGAAGCUGAGAAGUUCCGAAACAGAGAUACAUCAGGAUCGUUCUUCAUCCCCUCCUCCUCCACUUCCAGAAAGAACACUCGAGUCCUUCUUUCUUGCUGAUGAAGACUCAGGUCCAAUGCAGGUCCAGUCUGUAGAAACUCAUUCUACCGACUGCUUGAAUAACUUGGAAGACAUAACUUCUUCUCAACAGUCACUGAAGACUUCUGGAAAAGGUUUCACAAGGAGUAGGAGUUUAAAAAUUCUACGAAAUGUGAAAAAGAGUAUCUCAUUGCAACCAGUCAAACCAUCAGAAUCUGUACAAUCAAACCACUCAAACUCCUUUUUGAACUUUGGGAAGGCAUUCAGAGAUUCUUUCACACCUACACUCACUCUCUUUACCCACUUCUACCACCAUCAGCAAAGGUUUUGCAAAUCGUUUUUCAAAACCAAAAGGACCAAGAAAUCCACCUCCGACAUGGAAUAUUUAAUCCGAUUUACAACUUGCAUUCAGAAGAAUGCAAAUUGGCUACAAUGUUCUCUUAAACUGUAAAUUCCAAAUUAAAACAUCAAAAUGUUGCCAGAUGAAAUAAAUGUGCUCAUAAUCACCCUAU